GCAAAUCCGUCAAAUCAAACCUAAGCCCAGCAAGAAAGAAAAGCCCCAAACCCAAAACAAAUACCUGCACACACACACAGCGGCUACAAACAUUUUCAUCCCCUUCAACAAAAACCUUAUCUCGCUCAUAUCUAUACUCUUAUCCUUCAAUUUUCCUCAUAAACAUAAACCCUAAUUCUCCAAUUUCCUCUUUUUAUCCUUUCAAUUGCUUUUGUAAACCUUUCAGAAUUCAUGGACUCCAAGGCAGACACGUCUCUCACAGGUUCUAAUUCUGUUUCUUCUGAUAAAACUGAGACUGAAACUGCUGUUAAUGAUACCAAUGGUGCUGUUAAUUCCGUUAAAACGGUUGAUAAUAAUGAUAACAGUAUUAAGGAUAGUGGUAGUAGUUUGAAUGUUGUUGUGGAUACUGAUGAUGAAACCGAGGGUUUUGCUAGUGGUGAAGAAGAGGCUUUUGAGACGGCUAAUGAGAAUUUAGUGGUAGGUACAGAAACCCUAGCGAAUGGAGAGGAAGGUGAGAUGUUUUUAGAGCCUUCUGAGUUUGUUGUGGCUAAGGCUGAUGAUGAUGAAAAUGAUAAGGUAGGGUUUGUUGAGAAGAAAUCGGAACCGAAUUCGAGUGAGAAUGAGAUUGAGGUGGUGAAAGGUGAUAAGGUUAGUGAAAAGGAGGAUGAUUUGGUUGAUGAAACCGAAUCGGAGGGUGUAACGAGUGAGGUGGUUGUGGCUAAUGGUGUAAAGGCUACUGUGGAAGGGGAUUCGAUUGUGGAUGAGAUUAAAGUUGACGCUCCUGCACCGGGUGUGGCAGUGGUUACGAACACGGAAGAGGUAGAUUCUGAUGAGGAUGUGUUGUUAGUUGGUGGCUCUGAUGAAAAUGAAAGUAAACCUGUUGUUGAAAAUGAUGUGAAUGUUACUUCUGAAGGUGAGUCUGUUGUGGAUGAUGCGGUGGUUAGUAAGAUUGAUAAGGAAACGCCCGAGUUAGAAUCGGUUGAUGCAAAAGAUGUGAAGGUGACUCCUGAAGAUGAUUCGGUUGUGGAAGGUAUAGAUGUUGAUUUGCCGAUACCAGGAGUGGCGGGAGUGGCAGUGGUUACUAAGGUCGAAGAUGAAACGCCUGAGGUAGAAUCUGUUGAUGUGGAAGAUGUUGAAGAUGUAAAGGUGACUACUGAAGGUGAUUCUGUUGUGGAAAAGGUGGAUGUUGAUUUGCCGUUACCAGGAGUGGCUGGGGUGGCGGUGGUUACAAAGGCGGAAGAAGAUGGUGUUGUGGCGGAAACUGAUGAGUCUGGUUUGUCGGUUAGUUCUGUUUUGGAAGAAGUGGUGGAUAAGGAGGUGGUUGGAGUAACUGAUAGCAAGUUUUCACCUUUGGAUGUUGAGGAUGUAGAGAAGGAGGUUGACUAUGUGGGUCAUGAAAACGAGCCAGUGGUGGUCAAGACUGCUUUGAAUGACGUAGAAAAUGUUUCUGUAGAGGGAGAUGUAGCUCAGUCAACAGAAGUUUUGACCAAAGCUAUACCUGAGGAUGCAGAUAAUGGUUUAGAAAACGGGGCAGCUGACAAAUUCGUUUUAGAAGAUUCUGCAGAAAAAGAUGAUGCUGAUGAACAGGGCUACAUGGAUGACUCUCAUUCUGACGAAGAGGAUACAGAUGAGGUUAUACAGAUGAGUUCUCAAGAUCGUUCACAAAUGGACGGUCAGAUCGUCACGGAUUCGGAUGAAGACGAGGAUGAAGAAGACGGGAAAGAGCUUUUUGAUUCAGCCGCUUUAGCCGCCCUUCUGAAAGCAGCGGCUGAUGGCAGUUCAGAAGGUGGCAACAUUACAUUCUCAUCAGAAGAUGGUUCACGACUUUUCACAGUCGAACGCCCUGCAGGGUUAGGGUCUUCACUUCAAGCCAUGAGAGCCGCCCCGAGACCACCGCGUGCCAACAUUUUUAACCCUUCAAGUUUAACGAGUGCCGGUGAAACCGAACCCAUUUUAAGCGAAGAAGAAAAGAAGAAACUGGAGAAAUUACAAGCCAUCAGGGUGAAGUUUUUACGACUUGUUCAAAGAUUAGGGCUUUCACCAGACGAAUCAGUAGCUGCACAGGUUCUUUACAGGCUGGCACUUAUUGCGGGCCGACAAACGGGUCAAUCUUUUAGUCUUGAUGCUGCGAAACGUAAAGCUAUGGAGCUUGAAGCUGAUGGAGAUACUGAUCUCGACUUCUCUGUCAAUAUUUUAGUCAUUGGUAAAGCUGGGGUCGGUAAAAGUGCUACGAUAAACUCCAUUUUUGGUGAAGAAAAAACCCCAGUCGGUGCGUUUCAAACUGCCACUGGUUCGGUGAAGGAGAUAACCGGUGUGGUGGGUGGAGUUACGGUUCGGGUUUUUGACACACCCGGGCUUCGGACCUCUGUCAUGGAACAAGCGUUUAACAGGAGUGUGUUAUCAUCCGCGAAAAAGUUCACGAAGAAAAACCCGCCAGAUAUUGUUCUUUAUGUAGACCGUUUGGAUGCGCAGACCCGAGAUCUUAACGAUAUUCCGUUACUGAAAACCAUUACCAGCUCACUGGGUUCUGCCAUCUGGCGAAAUGCGAUUGUUACCUUUACGCAUGGCGCGUCGGCCCCACCCGAGGGGUCAAAUGGGACCCCUUUGAGUUAUGAUAUGUUUGUGACUCAGCGGUCACAUGUGGUUCAACAAGCCAUUGGUCAAGCGGUUGGUGAUUUGAGAAUGAUGAGCCCGGGUUUGAUGAACCCGGUUUCUUUAGUUGAAAACCAUCAUUCUUGCCGUAAGAAUCGUGAAGGUCAAAAGGUGCUUCCAAAUGGUCAAACCUGGCGGCCGCAGCUGCUUAUGUUAUGUUACUCGAUGAAGAUUUUAUCAGAAGCGAAUUCUUUGACUAAACCACAAGACCCGUUUGACAGCCGGAAGCUUUUUGGGUUCCGUAUGCGGUCUCCGCCACUGCCGUACAUGUUGUCUUCGAUGUUACAGUCUCGGGCUCACCCAAAGCUAGCGACAGAUCAGGGCGGUGAUGCGGGUGAUUCAGAUAUUGACCUGGCGGAGUUGACCGAUUCUGACCGUGAAGAUGAUGAAGACGAGUAUGACCAGCUCCCCCCGUUUAAACCAUUGAAACGAUCCCAACUAGCUAAGCUUAGUAACGAGCAGAAAAAAGCUUACUUCGAUGAAUACGAUUAUCGGGUGAAGCUUUUACAGAAGAAACAAUGGAAAGAAGAGCUAAAAAGAAUGAAAGAACUCAAAAACAAAGGACCUGAUGGUUUGACCGGUCAAAACUACCAGGAAGAAGAAGGUGAAGGAGACGCACCAGCACCCGUGGCGGUCCCGUUACCCGACAUGGCGUUACCACCGUCUUUUGAUAGUGAUAACCCCGCGUACCGGUUCCGUUUCCUGGAGCCCACUUCACAGUUCAUGGCCCGGCCCGUUCUUGACACCCAUGGUUGGGACCAUGAUUGUGGUUAUGAUGGAGUCAAUGUGGAACAAACCCUAGCCAUCGCCAACCGUUUUCCGGCUGCAAUUACUGUUCAGGUUACUAAAGAUAAAAAAGACUUCAGCGUCAAUAUGGAUUCAUCAAUUUCCGCUAAACACGGGGAGAACAUGUCUACUAUGGCUGGUUUUGACAUUCAACCAAUCGGGAAACAGCUGGCUUACAUAGUUAGAGGCGAAACCAAGUUCAAGAAUCUGAAGAAGAACAAAACCGCUGCAGGGGCUUCGGUCACAUUUCUGGGAGAAAACGUUGUAACGGGGUUUAAACUCGAGGAUCAAAUUACACUUGGGAGACAAUACUCGAUCAUCGGGAGUGCAGGUACGGUUCGAUUCCAAUCCGAUUCAGCUUAUGGAGCCAACAUCGAGGUCCAACGGCGGGAGCUGGAUUACCCGAUCGGUCAAGUCCAGUCAACCAUCGGGGUAUCGAUCAUAAAAUGGAGGGGUGAUUUGGCGUUAGGGUUAAACAGUUUGGCUCAGUUUUCUGCUGGGAGGAACUCAAAAGUGACGGUUCGAGCCGGGAUUAACAAUAAAAUGAGUGGUCAGAUUACGGUGAAGACCAGCAGCUCGGAAUAUCUUUCACUUGCACUCGCAGCGGUUAUUCCUUCUGUUAUUUCGGCUUACAAGAAGUUGCGGUCCGGUGAUGGUGAUAAGUAUUCCCCGUAUUAAGGUUAGCAGGCUUUUAUGGUCGGGCUUGUUUGGUAUUUUUGAGAUUAUUGUUUCUUGUUUUAUCGAAUAAUAUGCUUAAUUUAUUUUAUCAGCAGUUGAAAACUUUUGUUUAAUUUUGGUCCAAUCAACAAUGUACUGAGAUGAAAUUAUGAGGGAAUACUAUCUUUGUGGUUGUUCUGCUGUUACUAUAUAAAGAGGGAAUGUUCUGCUGUUACUAUA